GGCACCUCCUUCCUCUUUCGAUGCCCCCUCUCCAACCCCAAAGAGUCAGUCUCCCUCGGCGUGCGCUUAUACUUCCCGUCUCCAAUCCGAACGGCACCGCCCCCCGACGGCCUGGCGCGGCGCGCAGAGGGGCUGGCCUGCCGAGUAGGCGGUGCGCCGCCGCGUCGUCCUCCUCGCUAGUUGCCCAGCCCGCAGCUGGCAUGGUGCUGCAGCCGCCGCCCGGGCGGCAUGGCGACCUGGAAGCGCGACAGUCGGCUCACCGCGCUGCAGCGGCUGAGCUGCGCCGGGCUGGCCGGGGCGACGAGCCACAGCCUGACGGCGCCGCUGGAGGUGUUCACCGUCCUGGCCCAAGUUGGCACUCCCCACUCCCGAGGGGGGCUCUGGAGGACUGGGCGCAACUUGUGCAAGGCCGAGGGCCUCGGGGCCCUGUGGAAAGGCAACCUCACCGCCUGCUUGCGCCUUUUCCCCUACAGCGCCCUACAACUCGCCUCCUACCGCAGGUUUGUCUUGCUGUUUGUGGAUGACUUGGGUCACAUCUCCCAGUGGGGUUCGAUCAUGGCAGGAAGUUUGGCUGGGAUGGUGGCCGCUGUUGCAACAUACCCGACCGAAGUUGUCAAGACACGUCUCAUUGUACAAAACUGGUUGGAGCCCUCCUACAAAGGAAUUCUUCAUGCUUUGUACAUGAUUUAUCAUCAGGAAGGCAUCGCUGCACUUUACCGUGGUGUUUCACUGUCAGUAUUAGGUGCUAUCCCGUUUUCCAUUGGUUCUUUCCUCGUUUACACCAAUCUGCAUAAAAUCUGGGCUGAACCCAGCCUCCGCUUCACUCCAGUGCAGAGCUUCAUCAACGGCUGCCUGGCAGCUAGCGUUGCACAGACACUUUCUUUCCCUUUUGAAACGGUCAAGAGGAAAAUGCAGGUCUUGGCGGACAUCUCACACAGGGCCUUGCAAACAUGGCUUAACAUAACAUUUGUAUGGGAACUAGGCCAGAGAGAAAGCAAGAGAUUCCUCACUGCUCAGAGUCCUUGCCUCCCACGCCAUGGAGGGGUUGACAUCCAUUUUACGGGCAUGGUAGACUGUUUUAAGCAAACAGUGAAGACAAAGGGAGUGCUCGCCCUGUGGAACGGACUCACUGCUAACUUACUCAGGAUUGUCCCAUAUUUUGGGGUCAUGUUCAGCACUUUUGAAUUCUGCAAGCGUGUCUGCCUGUAUCGAAAUGGUUACAUUGAUUCCCCUCUAAGCUACAAGCUAACUCCAGGUGUGGACCAGAGUUUACAGCCUCAAGAACUCAAAGAAUUUAAACUCCUUGGAAGAAGAAACUUUUAAGCCCCAGGAAGCAUUUUCUGGAAAGCUAUACUGGAAAGCCACACUGUAAAAUAGGACAUUGUGACUUACUACCAGCUGCUUACUCUUCAUCAGGGAGACAUCAAUGAAGACAUUGAACUGUUGUUAAUAGCAUGCCACUUCUUACUUAAAAGGCCUGUUAGUGAGAACACCAGGCGUACACAACUGGAUGGCCCACCAAGGCAGUGGAGUUCACCACUUACUAGUUAUGGCCUGCUAUGCACUAAGCCAAGGGUAAGGAAUCUCCAGCCUGUGGGCCACAUGUGAUGUCAAGUGUGGGGCAAGUACGGACGUGGCUAUAACAAUCAGGAGUGUAAAGUGAACUCCUGCCUGCUCCUUUGGAGGCAAGACUCCUUGUCAAUACCGUUGGGAAUCCUGCAGUGCAGCUGAGGGGCUCCCUCACCCCAUUUGGAGGACACAGUUCCUUCAAAGAGGCUUCCUGAUCAGCGGUUACAGCAAGCCCCUUCGAAGGCACAUCUUCAAAGGAAGUUACUGGUAUCCAGUAACUGGAUCAGCCAGCUGUAACUGCAGGGAGUUGGGCAAUUAGGGAUCUGGCCUCCCUGUUCCUUACCCCUAAGCGAACCUGCAGUCUGAGUCCUGGGCUAUACGUGCAGCAGAAUAAGAACACGCAAACCAUAGCAACUUAGUGCAGUAGGGAAAGUCCUGUUCCAGUUCCUUCCUUGCUCUGUUAUGUUUUCUGACUUCAGAUAGCUUUUUGAUGUAGGGGAGGAUUGACAUUUGUGAUCCCCCAUCCAGAGUCUGAAAUGAGACAGUUCGUUCCAACCCCUUAACCACUUAAUUCUAGCAUACAUGUAGACCAGGCCCCAGAGAGGCAGGAGAAAUAAGGCCACCAUAUAUGGAAGAUGGGCUGUGUUCAACACAUUGAAUCUCAGGUUGUGCCUGUCUGUCAUAAACUGGUGCAACUGUCACCAUGAAAGGGAUACAAAGUCUUCUCGGAAGGGAGGACAAGGUAUCAUAUCAGUGUCUUUGGGGAGGGAGAAUGCCAAAAUAAGAAAUCAGGUAUUUGCUUGCUUGCACUGAAAAUUCCGAACUGUUUUUGAAAAGUGAAAAGCAUAUGCAAAGGGAUAACCGACAAUCACAAAAAUGAUAAAAAAAGAUGUUUGAUGCUGCAUAUCUUUCAGACUAUACACGGUCAAAUUUAAAAAAUGGGCUUUAAAAGAGGGAGAAUUGAGCUUUUGCAGGGGGACAGGGUAGGGAGAUGGGAGAAGGAUAUUCUAACUGGAGAAUUCCUUGAUGAAUUCUGACCUUAGAGCUGAUUCACAUAAGGAAAAGAAUUACAUGCCCCUGUGCCUAGGCUUGAUCUCUCAGGCUGGAGUUCUGUGCACACUUACCUGAAAGUAAGUGCCACUGAGCAUAGUGAGACUUACUUCUCAGUAAACAUCAACUGAUGGCAGUGAUGUCAAGCCGUCUGGAUCACCUGCACAAUCAAGUUCCCUGAUGGGAACUCAAUUGUGCAGCCAAUCCCUACAGAAAGCAGUUUUGCAACCUGGUGUUUGGCGCUUCCCAAGCCCCAAACAUUGGGCUAGCAAAAGCCCCUUGCACCACAACUCCCAAGUUCCCAAAACCACUGGUUGUUGGGCAUUUUGGAAGCACUGCUCAAGGAACUUUGACAGGUGGACGGGACAACCCACCUGUCAAUUAUCUGGUGUCAUAAUGCUUGCUUUCCAAAGGUACACUGUUUAUUUUGGGAAGGUGAACUUUUAAUUACAUGAUUCUCUUCCACCACUGCUUGCAUUCUGAAGUAUUACUACCUAAGAGGGCUCUGCUACAUGAUGCUUCUGACUGUAUAGACUGGCUCUUGCAUUAAUUUACAAAGCUCCAAACAGCUUCGGUCCAGGGUACCUUAGGGACCACCUGAACCCUUUUAUCUCAUCUCAGUCCCUGAGAUCAUCUGCAGGAGCAUCAUUGGUCAUUCCCCAAGUUGGUGAGGCUCAUUUGAUAACAAGAAAUUGAGCCUUUUGUGUCAUCAGCUCAGUCCUGUGGAAUGCUGUGCCAGUAGAGAUUCAGCAGGCUUAAUGCCUGCUGAAAACUUUUCUGUGCUACCAGGCACAAAAUAUAUCUUUCUGCAAUAGUUAGUUAAUGAUUUCUGAUUAAUUUUUUUACAUGGUCUUACUGUAUAUAUAGAUAUGAUCGCAAACUGCUUUGAUUUUUUUAUUAAUAGUGGGAUACAAAAUAUUUUUACAAUAAAAUUUUUAAAAUGUGUCAUACAAGAGUAAGACAAACUGCCCUUGCUGAAAUCCCCGCUUCUGUACAGCUAUUAAAGUGGCACAGGAGCCCUGUAAACAUAUUUUGUAUCUCUGUAGGCAAGAAGAAUCAUUCCUCUUGGAAGUCUCGCUAUUAUUGACAUGGGUUGUCAGAAUCUGGUCUGGCUCCAGAGGAUGGCAAGGUCUAGCACAGGAUUGGAUAAACCUUUUCAGCCCAAGGACUCCAUUCCUUUGGGGGGGGGCUACCUUCAGGGGGCCACAUGCUGGUGCGUCGAGCCAGAGGCAAAAGAGGGCGAACCAAGAAUUGUGAAUUUUACUGUUGUACAGUAGGCUAGUUUCUACACACACACACCACACUCUGUUCUCCAUCCGGGCAAGCAAGAGGCAUUAUCAGAAGUCAAGGGCACGUUCCAGCCAGGCAAAAACACUCCAAGGGGAUUGGUGAGGGGAAGAGUCCCAACAAUCAGGCAGAAAGGGUUGGAGGGCCGCAUUUGGCCCUGUGGCCUGAGGUUCCCCACUCCUGGUCUAGCAGUUGCCAGGGCCCCAAGACCAGCACAAGGCCCACUGACACCAAGGAUUGAACCUGGAGCAACUGCAUGCAAAGCGUAUGCUCUACCAAUUGAGCUAAGACCCCCUGCCUGAGAUUCAGUACACAAAAUCACACACAGGAGCCCUUCAGGUGAUUGGUGCCCUGUCAUAAUUGGCAGGAGGGGUUGUCAUUGAGAGGCUCUGCUGCCUUCAGUCCCACAGGGCUUAGGGGUCAGGCAGGGGUGGGGAAACCCCAGGCCUUCCAAUUUGGCCCGCAAGAUUGUUUUCUCUAAGCCACACUCACCUGCCUCACUUCUGAUGCCAUAUGUGACAUUAGGUGGGAGGCAGAGAGAUGCAGCUGGAUUGGCUGGCCUUGCAGCCCAUCCCUGCAGAAAGCAGGAUUGAACUCCUUGCACAUGGGAAGUUCAAUCCUGCUUGAUCAGGACCCCCCCCUUCUCUCUCUCUCUCACACACACACACACCAAUUUUGACAGGUGGGUGGGACCUGCCACCUGACAAUCAUCUGAUGUGGUCCUGCCCACCUGCCAAAGUUGACUCAUGGGAUGGGAGAGCGGAUAAAGACCUGGCCUGAGGAGGCCAAAAAAGUUCCCCACCCCCUGCCGUAAGGGAGCAGAAGGGAGAAUCUGAUCAGAAUAAGGAUAGUAGUAACAACAAUAAAGAUACGGGGGGGGGGAGGCGGGUUUGAAGGACGCCAUUCCCACCUUGGUGCCGUCAGCCAGAGAAUGCAUUUAAGGACACACAGCCUGUUCCUUCCUGAAGUUGCCCAAGGAACACCCUGCCUGCGUCAUUGAGCGUCAUCCAGGUGCAAGCCCAUACCGCCUCCUUCCCUAAGCGAAGCUCUGCCUCCCUGUCCCCUUCCAAGGUUAGAGCCCUCUUCCUUCAUGCGCUUCGCCUACUGCGCCACAUCCGCUGCACGCCUUGUCAACUUAGGAUCGGGGCUUCUUUGCAUUAUCACUGGCAGCGUGUGAUCCUCCCAGCUGCCAGGGUCUUCCCAAAGGGGGGGGGCGGGAGAAGGAGGACACAGACCACACCACCACUGCAGUUCUCUCUGCAGUCCCUCCCUCCAGCUCGGAGCCAAUCAGGGCAAUGGGAAGCGGCUGUGCGUAGAUGCCCGCGUUUCUCCUCCCUCCGUUCUCACGUUAAAGCCUGAGCGGUAUAAAAACCGGCCAUUUCAGUUGCUCGGUCUCAGUAAGUCGGCCGUUUCCGCACCAUUUGUGUCUGGGGCCAGUUUUCUCCCCUCGCCGUCUUCUCUUCCCAUCGAAUCUCACAAGUAAUUCUCCCGUUCCCCUUUCCCGUGCGCUCAGCGUACUUUUCCUAUCCGGCAUCAUGACUGACCAAGCUAUUUCGUUCAUGAAAGAUUUCUUAGCGGGCGGCGUGGCGGCCGCGAUCUCCAAGACGGCGGUGG